UUGCGAGGUCAAUAAGGAAAUGUGACUUGUAAUAAACACCAGCAGCCGUUUUUGUGCUGAUUGAAUAUCAUGUAUUUCUAAACUUUACAACAUUUGGCAAUGAUUAUAGUUAGUAUUUAAUUAUCCCGAUCUAAGCUGAUAUGGAAGAAUCUUAAGAUAGGUAGGAAGAGCUAGGGCACCUGACCACAUGCAUGACUCUACCCCACCUAACACCUGUUCAACCCCAUCUGAGUGCUUACCCCUAAGCCAGUGGAAUGAGACAAUGGAAUGUGGAAGCGAGUUAGCAGUUGACACAAUGAAAAAGGAACUGAAAUCAAGGGCCAUUCUUGCAGAUUGUUCUACCAGGAUGAGAUCCAUUGUGUCUUUCUACUUCUGCUACCUGCUGUGCCUGUGCCUGGGGAUCGCCUGUGUGGUGUUUGUAUCCAUCUGGAACUCCCAGUGGCGUGGUGGCUUUGCCUGGGAUGGCUCGGCUCUUCAGUUUAACUGGCACCCUGUCCUGAUGGUCACAGGUCUGGUCGUGCUCUACGGCAAUGGAGCGGUGUUGUACCGCAUUCCCCUCACAUGGGGGCAGAAUAAGCUGCCCUGGAAACUGCUGCAUGCUGGUGUCAUGCUCCUGGCCCUGCUCUGCUCCAUCCUUGGCCUCUGUGCUGUGUUUGACUUCCACCACACCAACAGCACUCCCAACCUCUACUCCUUGCACAGCUGGAUUGGCAUUUGCACUACAGCACUCUUCACCACUCAGUGGGUGAUGGGCCUUGCUGGCUUCCUCCUACCCUGCUCACCCAUGUUGUUCCGCAAGCUGCUUAAGCCUGCCCAUGUGUGGAUGGGAGGCUGCAUACUGAUACUCAGCAUUGUAUCCUGCAUUUCAGGGAUCAACGAGAAGCUCUUCUUUGCACUGAAAGGAACCACCAAUGGAACAAUGCCAUAUGGUAACCUGCCACCUGAGGCAUUGGUUGCCAACUCGUUAGGAGUCUUGAUUGUAGCCUUUGGAUUGGUCGUCCUGAAGAUUCUGUCCAAUCAGAAAUGGCAGCGACCAGAGCCUCGAAGUGAAGACCUGGGCUACAGUCCACUGCUUCAAGACGACAGCUAAUAGAAGAGAUGAGGAGGCUUCAAACCCGCUCUCAGCCGCUAACCAUACUAUGCAAGCUAUCCACAAAUGUUAUCUGCACCUGCUGGGUCCAAAGUUGCCUUAAGCAAAUAAUGAGAUGUUGAAUGUCCUAGGACCAGGGCCAACCCUGGGCAUAAGGGCCCCUGGCCACUUGGGGGUCUGAACUUACUGUUGAGAGUUAAUAUAGUAAAACACACUAGGUACAAUUUUAAAAUGUGUUAUUGCAUCAGCAGUUUUUCUCUUAUAUCAGACACGGACAGUCACUGAAUUAGCCAAUGUCAGCUAAAACUGUUUUGAUUGGUAAGUUAGUCUAGCCAGCUAUCUAAACAUUGUAGUAAUCAUGGCCAGAUUACUGACUCGGCAUGCAGGGCACAUGCCAAGGGGCCAUGAACUCCAGGGCGCUUACAUUGAUUUUGUUAGUCAUUCUCACUCAGAUAUCAUAUUGAAGUGAUACUUCGGGAUUUCGGCAAUGAGGCCCUUUAUCUACUUCUCCAGAGUCAGAUGAACUUGUGGAUACCAUUUUUAUGGUUCUGUGUCCGGUAUGAGGCAGGCUAGAGGUAGUUUCGCAAGCCAAUGCUAACUAGCGUUACCCAUAAACUUCCAGUUAUUGUGCUAUCUGCUGGCAUGCUAGCAGAUACCAAUAGGCCACCAGUCAUUGCGCUAACGCUAGUUAGACAUUGCAAUAGCGCUAGUUAGCAACUUCCUUCAAGCCGCACACAGAGACAUUAAAAUGGUGUCAAGAAGUUCAUCUGACUCUGGGGAAGUCGAUAAAGGGCCUCGGUGUCAAAAUCCCAAAGUGUCCCUUUAACAUGGCAUAAGUCAGGGCAAAAUGUGUAAAAUUGCUGAAAAUCAGCUGGUAAACUGCAAAUGUUUCUCUCUGUCCCAUGGCAAAAUGAGUAGAAUUGCAUGAAAUUUACUUUCAAACUUAAAAAUGUUUCUCUCCGCUGUCAAGAUGGGACCACAGUAAUCUUUUGGCUGCGAGGUGGAGCUCCCCCCAAGCAAAUCUUGCUUAGGGCCCCCAAAAGGCUAGUGCUGGCCCUGGUCAUGACAGUGUUGUAAGCAAUAAUAUGUGUCCCAUCAAGAUAUACGUUUUAUAAAUGUAUUAAAUAGUAGAUUUUACAUCGCUGCCUUAUUUUUUAAUGAAUAAAGUAUGAUAUACUCAAAGAUAACACAGUAUUUCAGCAGGUCUUUGUGACUGCCAUUCCUGUUGUGCAUGCAAUUUAGGCUGUAGCCUCAUCAUUAAAGCUACAGUCUGGGAUUUUGGAAUCUGUUCAAUGCUCAUUUCAAUUCUUUAUAUUGACCAUUCAGUGUUUGGCCACACAAACAAUAUGUUGUGUUCUUAGAGAAAGCUACAGCUAGGCCUAUAUGGCCAGCAGCAUACCACCCUACAUCCCACUGCUGGCUUGUUUCUGAAGCUAAGCAGGUUUGGUCCCUGGAAAGGAGACCAGAUGCUGCUGGAAGUGGUGUUGGAGGGCCAGUAGGAGGCACCCCUUGGUAAAAAGAAAUAUAUAUAUAUACCAAUGCCCCAGGGCAGUGAUUGGGGACAUUGCCCUGUGUAGGGUGCUGUCUUUCGGAUGGGUUGUUAAAUGGGUGUCUGUGGUCACUAAAGAUCCCAUGGAACAUAUCAUAAGAGUAGGGAUGUUAACCCUGGUGUCCUGGCUAAAUUCCCAAUCUGGCCCACAUACCAUCAUGGUCACCUAAUCAUCCCCAGUUUACAAUUGGCUCAUUCAUCUCCUCUCCCCUGUAACUACUCCCCAGGUUGUUGCUGUAAAUGAAAAUGUGUUCUCGGUCAAUUUACCUUGUUAAAUAAAAAUUCCAAAAUAUUAAUUUGGGCUAUAUGUUUUUCACAUGGUGGCAGCAGUAUCAAGGAUUCAGUGUAGAGAGCAAAUAUCACACUAAAUUGAUAGUGGUGCGCAAUAGCACAUGUGUGUUUUGCGGGCUACAAGACAUUUGAGAUAUAGUAGGCUAGGCUAUACAAGAGCAAAAUGUUACACAAAGUAUGUGGAUCUGUUAUUUAAUUUGGUCCUUGGGUGGGAUUGGGAUGGGGGGGUGGUGGUGUAGCUUCAUUUAGUAUGUAUUUAUGUUUGUUUGUAUUCAUGUUUGCUGACUAUUAUUACAAAAUAAACAUUUGAUCACAA